AUGUGCUUUGGAACAAGUUCAGGACGACUUAGUCAACUAGCACAUUAUGGACCAAUCGGUGCCAUUAUUUUGAUCAUUUGGAUAACAAUCAGUGGAUAUCACUGCCUUAUUCAAUGGUAUCCACCAGACAUCAAAGAUCCAUUAAGUAUAAUCAACUUUCUUAUUUACUGGAUAUGGCCUGUUAUAAUUUUCUACAAUUACUUCCGUGCUAUUUUUGUUGGACCAGGAUUCGUACCGAAAGGAUGGAAACCAGCAAAUCCUGAAGAUGAAAAAUACUUGCAGUACUGUGAUGUUUGUGAUGGUUUUAAAGCUCCACGUGCACACCAUUGUAAAAAAUGUGGGAAAUGUGUUAUGAAACUUGAUCAUCAUUGUCCAUGGAUAAACACAUGUACUGGACAUUUCAAUCAUGCAAACUUUUGUUGGUUUUUAUUCUAUGCAAUACUUGGCUGUAUCCACGCACUGAUUAUGCUUUGUCCAUGUAUUUAUCGUGCACUGUUCGUGCAAUACUAUGUAUAUGCUCGAGUUAAAGAUGUUCCACUUAUUUAUUUCACAUUCACCGGUCUCAUAUCAUGCAUACUUUCCAUUGGUCUUGCACUUGGUGUCAUAAUUGCCGUAGGAUUUCUUUUAAUUGUUCAAUUACGAAGUAUCAUGAAAAAUCAAACUGGUGUGGAAAGUUGGAUAUUACGUAAAGCAAAAGAUCGAAAUCAUCGACGGGCAGUGGAAUUUAUCUAUCCAUAUGAUCUUGGUUUCAAAGAAAAUCUUCGACAAGUUUUCAAUUGGCGAGAGACAUUCAAUGUUAUCGGCAAUGGUUUAAUAUGGCCUGUACGCGACGGUACUGACGAAUAUGCAUUAACACGCGAACAACUCGAACAAAAAUCAGAAAAACGUCAACGUACCAUGCGCUAUGAAGUCGUUCAACCUUACAAAGGUGCGUUCAUAACCUUACGUUAUGGCUUACGAACAUGUAUAUGUAUUCCUUGUACGGAUGAAUUUCGUAUACCAAUUGAAAAAGGUGAUUAUGUUCUUGUAACACGUUGGGAAAGAUAUUGGUUGUAUGGCGAACGUGUCAUUGCUGGUCAACUGGAUAAAAACAACCAGGAAAUGAAAACACGCCGACGUGGCCAUCGUCGUCCGCGUGGCUGGUUUCCACGUUGUUGUGUGUAUGAAGCAUUUCGAAUCGAAGAUCUUUGGUCAGGGAAACUUGAUCAGAACAGUGAUAUUGUUCGUGCACAAUUUGACAACAUUGGGCCCGAAGGUUUCGACGAUAACAAGAAUGCAGAUGAAGAAGAAAAGGAGCAGACCGAUGAUACGCCACCGACAACUCCGAAGAAAUUAAGAAAAAGAAAAUUCCAAAACGACUCCUCCGAUCAACACAAUUUGAACAUUCUUCGCAUACAAACAAUACCAAUGACUUCACCAGGAAAAGUAGUGAAAACAAAAUUAUUCAUUGGUAAUCUUGAUCCAGCAACUCAACCUUCUGAAUUAUCUGAACUGUUUGGACCGUUUGGUACAGUACUCGAAGCAUCUGUGAUCAAAGAUUAUGGUUUUGUGCAUUUUGGCUCAGUUGAAGAAGCGGAGAAAGCAGCAGCAGCCUUGAACAACAAAGAGUUCCAUGGGAAAAGACUACGUGUUGAACUCUCGACGAGUACCGUGCGACAUCGACCUGGUCAACCAGAACCUCCCAGUGCUUUGAGAAAUUCUCGUGCUCGUGCUGCUGUAAUGACUGCUGGAAAUGGCGUUUCUCGUUAUAGUCCAGCUAUAACACCUGGUGGCGUUGGCCCAAUGCGUCAUAGUGCAUCAGCAUGGGCUCGUGGUGAUGCACGUCCAUAUGACGGUAUUCCCAUGGAUUCCAAUGCAAUGAAUACUGGAUAUGGUCCACCACCCGCUAGUUAUGACCGUCCACGAUCGUAUGAUGCGCGACCCGAUCCUCGAAAUUACUAUAAUGAUAGACAUGAUAGUGGUUACGGUUCUGGAUAUGAUGCAAUUCGUGAUAAUAUGUAUGGUGCACCAGGUUAUGCGACUGCGAGUGGUGGAGGAGGCAGUAGUGGGGGUGGCGGAAGUGGACCGACUGGAAUGUAUUCUGUACGUGAUUAUCCUGAUUUACCGCCAGCACAUGUUCGACCUGAUGCCACUGGCUAUGGCGCCAAUCGAAUGUACGACCGUAAUCCAGGUACAUCACCUAUGGAUCCAUAUUAUGGCGGCGGUUUACCUCAAGCACCGCCCACAUCUGUCGAUCCAUAUAACUAUGAUCCAUACCAAAAAUAUUAUGCCAAUCGACCGCGCGAUUCCGAAUAUCCACCAAUGCCACCUACUCAAAGUUCAGCACCUCCACGUGAGUAUGAUAUGUAUACAAACUAUCGGAGUGAUCCCUAUGCAGCAGCAGCAGCGUCUGGUCAGCCGCCAUCCUUUCGACAUGAUGUGCCUGUCGCCUAUCCACCACAACAGCAUCAAGCGGCUUAUCCACCACCAAAUCAGUCAAGACAACAGCCAGUGUAUGGAAGCGCACCAGGUGCACAUCCAUCAUCGUAUGCGCCACCUCUCGCCCAAUACUAUGGUGCUCAACAACGCGCAUAG